AUGGUUUACAGCUGCGAAAGCCUCCAGAAACUGGAUCUGACGGUGAACUUUGUGGGCCGGCUGAGCAGCGUGGAGUCUCUGAAACACAACGUGCACCUCCGGGAGCUGUUUCUGGUGGGGAACCCCUGCUCCGAGUUCCAGGGUUACAGGCAGUACGUGGUCGCCUCCCUGCCCCAGCUCAAGUUUCUGGACGGGGCGGAGAUCAGACGCUCGGAGAGGAUCGCCGCCUCUCAGGGACUGGAGGAGGCCAAGAGACAGGUCUGGGAGCAGGAGAAGGACUACCUGCAGAGGAGAGCCAGGGAGAGAGAGGAGGCGCAGAGGAAGGAAGCAGGAGAGGAGAAAGGAAACCAGGAGAGGAAGCCGGGCUUCAAUGGCCGCUGGUACACCGACAUCAACAACACAGCCCCAGUGUUGGAGGAGAAUAAGGAGAACCAGGACACGGAGGAGAACGUGGUGAACCUCGACUUGGAUGAAGCGCGGCGGGAGAAGGAAUUCUGGGAAACGCCGUGUUCAUUCACUCCUGAAUCCCGUGUAGAGGUUCACCGCCACCUGGAGGAGAAAAAGAAAGCGAAGGAGAAGGAGAACGAGAAGAAGCCAAAGGCCCCGAGGACGCUGAUCACUGCUGAAGGCCGAGUCAUGAACGUCAACGAGCCCAAACUGGACUUCUCUCUGACUGAAGACGAAGAAAACAACAUCAUCGUCUUAGACCUCGGCGUGUACAGACACAUGGACACCUCGCUGAUCGGCGUGGACGUUCAGCCGACGUACGCCAGAGUCACCGUCAAAGGAAAGAUAUUUCAGAUGGUCCUGCCCGCCGAAGUGAAGCCCGACAGCUCGUCAGCUCAGAGGUCCCAAACCACGGGACACCUGGUCCUCACCAUGCCCAGGGCUGAAGGUGAAAUCAAAGUGACAAAGAGCGUCCCACUUCCGCCCAGAGGGCGUCAAAGCAGUUGUACCGGCUUGCCUGAGGACAAUAAAAGAAGACCCGGCGUCCCUGAGAGGCUGGACGUGGACCCCGGCUGGCGCCCCGCGCUCGACCUCGCCAACAUCGUGCCGCGGCGGAGCGCCAACGAGGGUCCGCUGGAAACCUCCAGGAGGGCUCCACCGCCCCCCCCGGAUCACAGCAGCUACUCCCAGGGGUUUUUGGACGACCCCGAUGUCCCCCCACUGGUAUAACACUCACCACUACGGAUAGACACAACUGGACCUU